CAGGUGAUACGUGGCCAUCAUCUCGGCUCAACCAUAAUCCGGCUCCUGAACGGGGGCAAUUCCUCCGACUAGUUCGCAUCCCCGAAGAGCACAGCUGGCCCAUUCGCGUUCCACCCCAUCCAACAUUCUGUCCUCAAUCCACCCUUUCCACUCAUUGCACCACCACCCCCCAAAUCAUCCUCCUCACACAGUCACCAUGUCCGACCAGGUCCAAGAACUUCUCAACGUGCCUCGCGAGUUCCUCCGCGAGGGUAUGCAAUUCGUCAACCGCAGCCAGAAGCCCGACAAGCGCGAAUUCAUCAAGAUCAGCCAGGCUGUUGGCACUGGUUUUCUCAUCAUGGGAUUCAUCGGAUACAUCGUCAAGCUGAUCCACAUCCCCGUCAACAACGUCCUUGUCGGUGGCGCCUAAGCGAUUGCCUUUCUUCGGGGAUUGGUUGCUAAGUGGUCGUUCGGAUCACUUCCCAAGCGGCAUGGGACCCAACCUGCGGACUUGAA